AUGGCUACCGCAAUGGCAAAGCGCCUCGAAGGCAAGACUAUCGUCGUUACCGGCGCCUCAUCUGGCAUUGGAAAGAGCACUGCCAAGGAGUUCGCCCGUACAUCGCCCAAGAACCUGAAGUUGAUCAUCACCGCGCGCCGUAUCGAUACAUUGAAGGAGGUCGCCGCGGAGAUCAAGCAGGAAGUCGGCGAAGGUGUCAAAGUCCUCCCUGUGAAACUGGAUGUCAGCAACCCAGAGGAAGUCAAUAACUUUGUUUCCUCCCUGCCGGAGGAGUUCAGGGAGAUUGAUGUCCUUGUCAAUAAUGCUGGCUUGGUCAAGGGCGUUGCUCAGGCACCUGAGAUCGCGGCCGAGGAUAUCAAGGUCAUGUUUGAUACCAACGUUACCGGUCUCAUUAACAUGACCCAGGCUAUCCUACCCAUCUUUAAGAGGCGCUCUGAGGGUGGCCGUGGUGAUAUUAUUAACAUUGGCAGCAUCGCUGGUCGCGAGCCUUACGCUGGCGGUAGCAUCUACUGCGCCACCAAGGCUGCUGUCCGCUCCUUCACUGAUGCGAUGAGAAAGGAGCUCAUCGCCACGAGAAUCCGUGUUAUUGAGAUCGAUCCCGGUCAGGUUGAGACGGAGUUCUCUGUUGUCCGAUUCAAUGGAGACAAGGCCAAGGCUGAUGCUGUGUACAAGGGCGUCGAGCCGUUGACCGGUGACGACAUCGCCGAGAUUGUUGUCUUUGCCGCUGGUCGUCGUGAGAAUGUUGUGAUCGCCGAUACCCUGGUCUUCCCCAGCCACCAAGCUGCGGCUGGUGUCAUGCACCGCAAGUCAUAA